UUUGGACGUGAAUGUGGCCCGAAGUGCAAUUUAAUUUAAAAUUAAUUCGUGAUCUGUGCAAACAAUGGCAAAACUGAAACUUAUUGUAACACUCGGUGUCCUUUUCGCUCUGCUUAAUCUGCAAGGAGAUGGCGGUGCAUUGGCUGUGAUCUGGCCAUGUGAAAGCGACGCGGACUGCACAGCUGAUGGCUCCAGCUGUGGCCCAGAUUCGAGUCAAUGCGAAUGCUCCAGCUUUGACACGGUCUUCUCGGAAAACUUCACACAAUGCUUGAAGAGCUCGCAGAUUGGUGACGCAUGCCAAGACUCAGUUCAAUGCAAUCUUAUGCCAACGGGAGCCAGUUGUAAAACCGGGGUCUGCGAUUGCGCCGAUGGCCAAACCUAUCUGCGAGGCAAAUGUAGGCCACUGAAUGGACUCAAUGAGCCCUGCGAAACGGACUUGGAGUGUUUCUUUGGUUACGAUCGAGCAUCAGUCAGUUGUCAGGAGAACGUAUGUGCCUGUGCAAAUGGCUAUUAUCACAGAUAUGGAAACAUAUGUCGUCGCAAAUCAAUGGAAAAAAAUGAUGCGUGCGUCGUUAAUGAGGACUGUGAUGCACUGGGCGCUAGUGCCGCCUGCGUGGGUCUAGUGUGUACCAUUGUCGAUGAGACGAUUACGAGUACUACCACCACAGAGGGUACUACAGAAGGUACUACAGCGGGCACUACAGCGGGCACUGAAACCACCGCUGAUGAUAUCGAAACCACUGAAACUGAACCCAACACAGACACAACUGAACCAGAUUUCCCCGUCACAACAAUCAUUCCCAACAGCUUUGUGCCGUCCAGAAAACAGUUUGCCAAGGCGUAUGUCCAUGCUUCACCCACACACAAAGAUGCCUCUGCCCAGGCUACACUAUCGCUGACAAAUGGUGACAGCGAAGUCCUCUUAACGCCCCGUAGAUCCCGUGAAAUUGCCGUGCAGACGAGCAUCGAGAAGUACGAGCUUAAAGAGUUGGGUCGCAGUGUUAAAAAUGCGGCAACAACUACAACAACCACCUCAACCAGCGUCAGCAGUCGACACACCUCAACAAAUACUCAAAACAAUCGACGCCGAUUGCCGGCCAUCUUUCGGUAUGAUAACGAGGAUAUCAAGACGUAUUCAACCUUGGGAUCGAGUCGCGAUGACGAUGAUGCUGAUGACAAGAAAUAUGGCAGCAGUUGCACGGAUAAUGGCAAGUCAUGCGCAGGUUUGGCCCACUCGAUAUGUACUAACAAGAUCUGUUUGUGCAGACAAGGCUUUUAUGCCCGGAACGGCAAAUGUUUUGCAGAGCUCGGUGAGAUAGCGGAGAGCAGCGAUGAGUGUGAAUAUGAGUUUGAUCAGUUAUCCAAGACUUGUAUAUGCCAAAAGAACUAUUUCUACGAACGCGACUUGCGCAACUGCAGAAAACCCAUUCAGUAUCAUCUGUCCUGUACAUCGAACAGCCAAUGCAGUCCCUUCGGUGCAUCCUAUUGCCAUUCCCAGAUACCCAGACGUUGCACCUGUGAAGAGUAUGCUCAGUACAAUGAGAUCAGUCAACUCUGUGAGUACAAGGAUGGCUUGGGAGCAGAGUGUGAGUCCAAUGAUGGUUGUCUUGUGGAUCAUUCCAUUUGCUCAAAUCGAUUCUGUGUGUGUCAGGAUCACUAUUUCGAAAAGGACGAGGCAUGUGUGGCAGGUAUUGGGGCCGACUGCUCGGAGGAUGACGAAUGCGGUGCAGACAAUACGGCUUGCCUGGAGCGCAGCAAUAGCACCUCAAUUAAGGACUCAGAGCAGACGCGCUCCUGCCAAUGCCGCAAGGGCUAUGUCCACUUCAAGGAUGAGUGUCUUAAGGAAGCCGAGGAACUCGACGAUGAGUGCAUCGAGGAUGAGCAGUGCAAGCCUCUUCUCGCCAGCUGCAAUACGGAAGGCAAAUGCGGCUGCUCAGAGGAGCAGCACGAGAAGAACGGAAUCUGUGAAACGAAACGCCUUUUGGGCGAACCCUGCAACAAAGCCACAGAGUGUUUUGUUGAAAAGGAUCCUGAGAAUGUGGAAUGCCGCAAUUCCGUCUGUCAGUGCAAAUUUAGCUACCAGGCUAGCACUGAUCAGAAGCAAUGCAUUCGUGUAUUGCCCAACAAAAAAAAUUCUUCCGGUAGGCCUAGCGCUCUAAAAAUCAUCACGUUCGUAUUGAUAGGCUCCGCUUUUCUGAUUACCAGCGCCGCCAUUAAACAGGCGUACUAUUAAAUGGAACACUCCGCCAUCCAAUAACCAUUCCAACACAAAAACACAGAUAUAUUAAUUAACGCAAACUCAACUUACUUACAUUGGAAAUGUUAGGCGUUGUGAAAAGAACUCCCUGUGCAUAUAUUGAUGACAUGCACCCUUAAAUACCCAGCUGACCCGGUUUUAUAUUGACAGCCGUUCAAUUUUUUUUUUUGGGGUGCAUGCAGUAUUACAAGUACCCAAUGACGCUUGAGCCAAGUGACGUCCCUUCGCGGCAUUAAAAUAAUCUAUAUGGCUAGUACUUUAAUUAAGUUAGUAACUAAGAUUUAAAGCAAUAAA